UUAUGCAGCUUAAAUUCAUAAUUAAAAUUUGAAAAUGAUUCUUACUGAGGAGUUAUCACUAACAGCACUGGAUGCCUCAGUAGAAGUAAAAAAGUUUAUUUCUGGCUGUGCCAAACAUUCACAAAUGUCAAAUUCAUACGAGAUAACGCAAGCAGCCUUAAAGCUUAUGAGAAAUGUCCCUGCUUUAAAAGAAUCAGUACUUGAACACUUUUGUUCUGUAUUUUCAGUUGCUGUAAAUAAACACCUGCGACAAAUUGAAAUAAGGCAACAUUCUGUCACUCCUACUUUAGAAGAAGCUAUCAUUCGUGAAAUAUAUCUAGUUCUUGAAAGUUUCGUGAAAUCAAAUGCUGAAGCAUGGGCUCCAAUCAUCUUAGAUUGGUCUCUUAAAUUACUUGGAAACUUAUGCUCAGAUUAUUCAAAACAUGUAAAUGUAUCAGUUAAUUUAAAACUUCAAGAUUAUCUUCAAUGUUGGAUGUCUUGUCAAGCAAUCCGAACUCUAGUUGACUUAUCAGCCCAAUGUCUACAAAGUCAAAUGUACAGUAACCCCAAAUGUUGUGUUAAAACUAUGUUUAAUAUAAGUAAAGUGCAUAGCCCUCAUUUUGAUUGGGUUAUUGCUCACAUUGGCAGUUGUUUUCCUAAUGUCUUCAUACCCAAAAUUCUUUCAUGGGGCUUGAAAGAUUACACAACAAUGUCAGUGCCAGUAGAGUGUGAGGAUAAAAAAAAUGAAGGUAGAUUAAGAUCUCUUGUUGGGAUUCUUAAUCAUUUAGCAAGUUAUCAUUUUUCAGUUAUUAGAAUUUCGUUACUAGACUUAUUCAAGUUGAGUUUGACUGAACAUACUACCAAUGUAAACAAAGAUUUGAAGAAAACUGUGCUAGCAACUGUACCAUUUUUGUUAAAUUUAACAUCAUAUUCUCCUAUACUGUUUAAAGUUCUCACCGAUGAUCUAUUAAAACUUGUACGAUCAGAUAUCAUUUCCAAGUUUGCUAUAUACUGGAAAGAUUGGAAGAAAUACUUUAAUUACGACAUGGCAUGUUUGACUGAAAACAUAGUUAGUUUAGUCCUAAAUUGCUGUCAAGGAGCUUUUCAAAUAAUAAAUAUUCUUUUGGAUACAAGCUUAAAUUCAAACGUUGGUGAUUAUGAAGAUUUAAGUACUUGUAAAAAUGUAAAGAGUGGUUCUCGUGAAAUCCUAGAAUCAAUUUUGAAGAAUGCUGAAUCCAUUGCCAGAACAGAUCAUUCUAAAAUGAAUAAUUCUCUUCUGUUAAUAUCUAUCAGGCAAGAUUUGCCAAAUAUUUUACUUCUUUUAUUAAGUCAUGAACCAUUGAGGAUUAAAACAGGAAUGAGAUUAUUGUCACUUCUCGGGGUGCAAAAUUAUAACAUUUUAGUGUCAGCUACAACUUAUUUAUUACAAAAAGCUUCAACAAACUAUCAACUAGCUCUUCUUGUCCGGUUUGUUAUUGACAACAUUAUAAACUUAUCUAAGAAGUUCAAAAAUGAAAAUGUUACUUCCUGCAUUGGAUAUUUUACCCAAGUUGUUGAAGAAUCAAUUAGAGAAGCACAGUGUGCAAAAAAAAUAGAUAAUUCAGCAGUAUGCCAACUUUUUAGUAAUGUGUCUAUUCUCUUGAAGUGGGAAAAUUCUGGCUUAGUACCAUGCAUGGAAUCGAAGUUUAUUUCGCAAGCUGUAACAGCAAAUCUAUUACAUAUAACAAAGUAUCUUAAUAAAACAAACGACUUUGAUUUAGCGAGCGAUAUAGUAGAAAUUUUAAGUAAUCUUGAAUUAUCAAAAGAUGGAUAUUCGACAGAAGUUGAAGUAAUAUUGAAAUUAACUAAGGCAGCAAUCCGUUAUUUUGAUAUGUGUUUAGCAGAAAAUGAUGUUGCCAAGAAGGAGCGAGGUGUCAGAAUGAUUAGUUGUUUUUUACGAGGACUAAUAAAAUGUUUUCAAUUUGCCAGAGUUCUAGCGCUUCGUGAAAUUUUAGAAGUUGCUAUAUUCUCUGAAAACGCUAAAUUUUUUGGUACACAAGAAAGGAACAGAUUUAUUUUCACAGAAGAAUCGCUUUCACAACAAAAUCAUAAGCAAGGCAGUGGAACGAUUCUUGCCCAAAGACAUUCAUGUGUUUUUCAUGCCGGAAUAAUUGGACAUGGACCUCGAAAAUCAGAUGCUCAUAAUAUCAUAAAUAGGGAAUACAUUGUAUUAAAUAGUAUGCUUUUGGUUGAUUUGAUCAAGGCCUGUUCCAACUACUCUUAUUUUAAACAAUAUCCUGUUGACAUUGAUUCUGUAAAUCUGUUGAGUCUACUUUUAGUAGAAUUGAUAUCCUCUGAUGUUAUGUAUAAUGGAUUACCAUGGCCUGAUGAAGAAUUCAGUAAAGUUACCGUAGAAAGAGACUUGCAAAUUAGACGGUCGUUUAAGGAUGCACCUGUUUUAUGGACAUUACUUCAAUUGACAGCGUGGUAUAGACCAGCUUUAGCCUACUGCUCUGUUCUGUUAAGAGCUAUUAUUGCUACUAUUUUAGCUAACUGUAGCACAUGUAAAGGGACGAUAAUAACUAGUGUUAUGGCUCUUGGGCAACUACUUCCACCACCACUUCCAACAAUCGUUGAUGUUCUUCCUGUUUUAAAGCCAUAUCAAUCACUACUAGUACCAUUGUCAUCACUGGCUACUGAAAUCAACCUUCUGUUGUGAUUUAUU